CUGAUUUGCUCUGUCGGUUUCAAUCUCUCGCUGACUGGGGUCGCACUUCCGCCCCCUGCUUUAGGCCUGAAAUUUUCAUUGGUCGGCACCCACGUAGGCCCCGCCUCUCGCCCCAGGCGUCGCACGCAGCGCGCGUCACAGGGCGCGGCGUUUUUCGGCUGUCGUGCUUCACGUUUCGUCAAACAUGGAGGCAGAGGAAUUGGAAAAGGAAGCCUCAGAGCAGGAACCUCUGGAAGGGAGAGACCGGGAACUAGAGGCGGAGGAGGAACAGGAGGACUCUGAAGAGGCGGCUGGCGGUGCCAAGAAGCGAGUGGUGCCAGGCAUUGUGUACCUGGGCCACAUCCCGCCUCGCUUUCGGCCUCUGCACCUACGGAACCUUCUCAGCGCCUACGGUGAGGUGGGGCGCGUCUUCUUCCAGCCGGAAGAUGGAUUUGUGCGGCGCAAGAAGAAGGCAGCAGCAGCCUCGGCCACCGGAGGGAAAAAGCAGUCCAAGUAUAGCAAGGACUACACGGAGGGCUGGGUAGAGUUCCGGGACAAGCGAGUAGCCAAGCGUGUGGCUGCUAGUCUGCACAACACGCCCAUGGGUUCCCGCAGGCGCAGCCCCUUCCGUUACGACUUAUGGAACCUCAAGUAUCUGCAUCGUUUCACCUGGUCCCACCUCAGCGAGCAUCUUGCUUUUGAGCGCCAGGUGCGCAGGCAGCGCUUGAGAGCUGAGGUUGCCCAGGCCAAGCGUGAGACUGACUUCUAUCUUCGAAGUGUGGAGCGGGGGAAGCACUUCCUUGCUGCUGAUGGGGACUCUUCCCGCCCAAAUGGCUCUUGGGCCUUUGCCCAGCGUCCUACUGAACAAGAACUGAGGGCCCGGAAGGCAGCUCAUCCAGGGGGUCGUGUACGGGCUCGCCUGGCCCAUGCUCAAGACCAGGCCCGCUCCAACCGAGGACUCCUUGCCAGGAUCUUUGGAGGCCCACCACCCUCAGAGAGCAUGAGGGACCCCAAGAUGUUCAGGGAUUCAUAAGGGGCAGGGAGUCCCCUCCACCUCCUAGCUCAGGCCAGAGUUCUGUCUACCUGAUAAUGACUAUUCAGGCAGUUUGUUUCUCAGACCAGGAGUCUCUGGUGAGUGUCUAGAGGUGGAUCUCUCUCCCCUGCCCAACUCCUGCAAAUGUCUGGCUAAGCGCCUAACUCAUGUUGGUAGUAGAUGCCUGUUCUGUCUUAUCUGAUUCUUGGCUGCCUACCUCCAGCCCUCUGGGGCCUUCUAAAAAUCCCACUUCCUGGGCCCAGGAAGAGCCUUAUAUUGAGCUAGAAUGAUAAUGGCUAUUCCAGGCAGGUGUUUACCAAUCACAGGUAUGAGCAGCAGCCAUAUCCUUUUCAUUUAGAAAAGAUUAACAGGGAUGGGGUUAAAGGGGUGGGACUAGCUUGGGAACCACCUUCCAAGUGUAUAGAAAAAAUAUAUAUAUAUAAAAAAUAUAAAUACAUUACAACUUUGUAGUUUUGCUUGGCAGGGUGUUGGAUAAGUUACAACUUCUGUCUCCUGUGUCCCAUUUCCUCAUCUUCACUCCAUCUGGUCUGGUCUCAGAACCCAUUUAACCUGCACCUUUUCUAUUUUUUUAGCCCAUUUAUCAACUAUUUGUUUAAUUCAUUAUUUACUAAGUCACUAUAUGAGGAUGUGAGUAACAGUACAUAACAACACAUGGUCCCUGGCAUUAAGGAUCUCAUAGACCACUAGGACAAGGGAGAUAUGUAAGGAAUAAAUGCACAGAGGUGCUUCAGGCAUCACGAUGUAUGUGUGGUAUGUAAGGGGUAGAGGGGCCGCGGGAGGGCAUGGUGACACUGUCUGGAAGGCUCUUAACCUCUGGAGCUGAUUCCUGAUCACAGUCUGAAGAGAUGGGGUCAUUUUUAACUUUUCCAGAUUGUUCCUGAAAGGUGAACAGAAGUCUAGAAGAGCCCAGUGAACUACAGUGGCAAACAAAGCUCCCAGGGUGAAGUGUUGGGUUGAAACUAUUGCAAAGGUCGGCAAAACCUAGGAGGUAGUGGGCACAGUGAUUCCCCUCAGGUGCACCUCUGUGUUGGGGCUAAGACGGACAGCAUGCAGAGCAGCCCCAGAGGCGAUCAGUGUAAACCAAGGACUGGAAACCGUACUGAGAAGUCUGCACACAGCCUCAGAGAUUGACAAUCAGAACCCAGGUAUCAAAGCUGGAUAAAUAAAGAGGUGGAAGAUGAAGUUUAACUAAAUGUAAUAUUCUACACGAUAAAAACCCUUAGUAAUACAAUGAUAAAAAUGUUUCUUCUACCAAAUAAGGGGCAUCCAGGAAGAUCUUAAUACAAAUCUCAAUUUUAAUUAUGAAACAUUUAAAAUAUUCUAAUUAAAAUCAGUAU